AUGGCUCCAGAGCUAGAGGUAGCCAUAGUCAAAGCCACGAGUCACGACGAUGAUCCAGCUAGUGAAAAAUACAUCCGAGAGAUCAUACAGCUCACAUCCUUCUCACGUGGCUAUGUCAGUGCCUGUGUUCACUCAGUAUCAAAACGAUUAAGCAAGACUCGUGAUUGGAUUGUAGCACUCAAAUGUCUAGUUCUCAUCCAUCGAUUGUUAAACGAUGGUGACAUGGUUUUUCAACAGGAAAUCAUGUACGCAACCAGAAAAGGAACACGGUUGCUUAACAUGGCAGAUUUUCGCGAUGAAGCUCAUUCAAAUUCAUGGGAUCAUUCCACUUUUGUAAGAACUUACGGGUUUUACCUCGAUCAAAAGCUUGAUUUAGUUGCUUAUGAAAGGAAACAAAAAAACAAUGGCAUCGAACAACCUGACAAAUUCAGAGAAGAUCGCUGGAAUUCCCCACCAUCACGUGGUUACAAUGACUUUGAAUCCCCUGGAUAUGGUGGAAACAUGAGAAGGUCAAGAUCUUCAGGAGAUGUUCGAGAGGGGGAUAAAAAAUCCAUAACCCCAUUAAGAGAAAUGGAACCCGAAAGAAUCUUUGGAAAAAUGGGUCAUUUACAGAGGCUAUUGGAUCGGAUCCUGUCAUGUCGACCCACGGGUCUUGCAAGAAACAGUAGAAUGGUGUUGGCUGCUUUGUACCCUGUUAUCCAAGAAAGCUUCAAACUUUAUGCAGAUAUAUGUGAAGUUUUAGCCAUUUUACUUGAUCGAUUCUUUGAUAUGGAAUAUCAAGAUUGUGUAAAAACAUUCGAUGCUUAUGUUAGUGCAGCUAAACAGAUUGAUGAACUUGUAGGGUUUUACAAUUGGUGUAAAGACAUGGGUAUUGCAAGAUCUUCAGAUUAUCCAGAAGUUCAAAGAAUAACAGCAAAAUUACUAGAAACAUUAGAAGAAUUUGUUAGAGAUCGAGCAAAUGUUUCAAAAAGCCCCGAAAAGAAACCCGAAAUUGUUAUUAAAGAAGAACCGGUUAACAUGAACGAAAUCAAAGCAUUACCAGCACCGGAAACUUACACACCGCCACCACCUCCGGUGGCUGAGCAACCGCCACCACCACCACAACCCGCCGGAGAUUUAGUCGAUUUACGAGAAGACACGUUAACCGCCGACGACCAAGGGAACAAAUUCGCAUUAGCUUUAUUCGCCGGAGCACCGACGGCAACCACCGGGAAAUGGGAAGCAUUCGGGUCGUCCUCCGGCGAGGUGGAGGUGACGUCCGCGUGGCAGAAUCCGGCGGCGGAUCCCGGAAAAGCCGACUGGGAGCUUGCGUUGGUGGAGACGGCUAGUAAUCUUGAGAAACAGAAGGCGGCAAUGGGUGGUGGACUUGACCCGUUGCUUUUGAAUGGAAUGUAUGAUCAAGGAAUAGUGAGACAACAUGUGAGCACCGCCGGAUUAUCUGGUGGCAGUGCUAGUAGUGUGGCGUUGCCGGGGAAGACCGCCACACCUGUGUUGGCACUUCCGGCACCUGACGGGUCGGUUCAGACAAUCGCGGGUGACCCGUUUGCAGCGUCUCUAACUGUUCCUCCACCUUCUUAUGUUCAAAUGGCGGAUAUGGAGAAAAAGCAACAGUUGCUUGUUCAAGAACAGGUGGUGUGGCAACAGUAUGCUAGAGAAGGAAUGCAAGGUCAAGGUAGUUUGACUAAACUCAACAAUGGUGGAUAUGGAGCUCCGGGUCAACCUUAUGGGUAUCCACCUGUAAAUGGAUCCGGGUACUAUUAUCCUGCUUACUGA